ACUGCGGUGCGGGCUCCGGUUCGUCGUGACGUCGUGUGUGUGUGGGGGGGGGGGCCGAGCGCUGGGCCCGGCCUGAGCGGGGCGGCGGCGGAUACGGCGGUCGUUGGAACGGGGCUGUGUGAGGAACGAGCGGAGCUGAGGAGCUGAGGGGAUGAAGGACCGGCUGGCUGACCUGGCUGAGUGUAAAGGAAAUGAAGAUGGAGAGACCGUUGUUGUUGAAAAAGACCAUUUUAUGGAUGAUUUUUUCCAACAGGUUGAGGAAAUUCGAAAUAACAUAGCAAAAAUAGCACAAAAUGUGGAAGAAGUGAAAAAACAGCACAGCAUCAUCUUGUCAGCCCCAAAUCCUGAAGGGAGAACGAAGGAGGAACUUGAAGAAUUAAAUGAGGAAAUUAAGAAGAUUGCUAAUAAAAUCCGAGCUAGGUUAAAAGCUAUUGAACAAAGUUUUGCUCAGAGUGAAAAUGCAAAUCGAACGUCAGUGGAUCUCAGAAUAAGAAAAACUCAGCACUCUGUGUUAGCUCACAAGUUUGUGGAGGUCAUGACGGAAUACAACGAGACCCAAACUCUUUUUCGAGAACGCAGCAAAGGUCGGAUACAGAGGCAAUUAGAGAUAACUGGAAAGACCACCACUGAUGAGGAACUGGAAGAAAUGUUAGAGAGCGGUAAUCCUUCAAUUUUCACUUCUGACAUUAUAUCAGACUCCCAAAUAACUAGGCAAGCUCUGAAUGAGAUUGAGUCACGGCACAAGGAUAUUAUGAAACUGGAGACCAGUAUACGGGAACUACAUGAAAUGUUCAUGGACAUGGCUAUGUUUGUUGAGACUCAGGGUGAAAUGAUCAACAACAUAGAAAAGAACGUAAUGAAUGCAACAGAUUAUGUGGAACAUGCUAAAGAAGAGACAAAGAAGGCGGUUAAAUAUCAAAGUAAAGCACGAAGGAAAUUGAUAUUCAUAAUUAUAUGUGUAACUGUACUACUUCUGAUACUUGCAAUUAUCCUAGGAACAACACUAUCAUAGCAAGCAUAUUCGAAAAGCCACGAACUUCCAGAAGCUCCAAAAGUUAUCUUCAGUAAAACCAAACCUUUUUUUGAUAGCAGAUGCCUUACACAGAUACGUGAUGUUAGCCUGUCAUUAAUGGCUAAAAUGAAGACAAAGUCACUCCUAAUGUUUACUUGCUAAUGAAGAUUGGAAAUGUACCAGGUUAUGUAUAUUUUUCAUCAUAAACUAUACAUUUACAGUGAGUCUGAAACUUGCUUUUAAUUGUUUUGAACUAAAGCAACUUGGAUGCUUUUGUAUGUCAGUGUUACAAACAGUUCAAAUAGGGAGUUAAAAUACUUGAGUUUUGACUGUUUGAAUUUUUUUUUAUUCCUACUGCUACUAUAAUUCUAAUCACAAUUUUAUAACCUUGCCAGUGCUGCUUCUAAGUUAGUACAUUUUAUUUAAGUGUAGCUGUGCCUUUAAAUAUAUUUAUUCACCUUAACCUGUCAAAGCUGAAUACUUAAAAGAUAUUUCCAGCAAGUGAGAAAAUGUUUUAUCCUGCAAAGACCACUUAGAUAUUUACUGGUCUGCCUCCUACAUCACACUUUGAAAAGCAACUAUUUUUUUUUUAAACUUAAGUUUAUUUCUAUAUGACUUCAUGGCUGAUUGCUUCAAAUAUUUCCUUGUCUUUAUCUUAGAAAAUGUUUUCUGGUAGAAGUGAUACAGAAAUAAAGCACACAAUUUAAACUUCAGCAGGUAAUUUUACAAAUAGUCUUUGUACAAAAUAAGCCAUGGAUCAGUUCAGCCUUAUUGGCUUGCAGGAAUGAAAGAAAUCAUACUUGCUUCAAUAAAGCAAGUCAAGAUUUGAUUUUCGGAAGCUUGCUAACGUUGUGGUGUGAAUAGAGCACACAGGAAGAAUAAACACUCAGAAAACUUAAAAACGUAACAUAAACUAAGACACUGAUUUGUUACAAAAUGUGUGUAUUAUAUAACAUAUAUGAAGUGUUUUAGUAUAUAUGUAUCUGUGUGGUAAUACUAGCUUGCAAGACCUGAAAGCUUGAGAGACUUCAUGUGUAACCAAAUAACUGCAUUUAAUGUUAAAGGUUAUUUUUGUAUUUUGUGUAUAAAAUAUUUGUAACUUGAAUUUUUGAUUUCUCAUUGCUUAGGAUAUCCAUGUAGAUAUGUAGAUACAUUUACAUUGUAAGAGAAAUAGAGGAAAUUACAACGUGUGUCUUUUUAAACAGUCUAAAGCAGUGCUUGUCAAUGUUUCCAAAUAUUAAACUAUAAUAUCAUUUGCAAUAACUCAGAUUAGAAUCCUUGUGUCUGAGAUCAGUUAUUCACUAAAAUGGAAUUCUGUCAUUUUUUACUUUGUAAAAUUCAGCUAAGUUUACAAUGUAUGAUGUAUGUAUGAAUGUUCCUGCUAUGUCCAAUUAUACUGUGAAUGUGCUGGAGCUGUUCAGAUGGCAGCCAUUAAGAAAUUUAAAACUUCUCUUUUGCAAACCAGCCAUAAAGAAGUUGCUUGAAGAAAUUAACUUUGUUAAUGAACACUUCUUUUUUACUUUGACAUCCAGAACACUCUCCAGUGGUUGUGGGGAAGUAAGGACAGAUUGGUUGCAGUAAGGAAAGAUUGGUUGCAGGUGUAAUCAUUCUAGGUAAUAUAUUUUUUAUUCUAUGGUUUUCUAGAUUUUUAAAACUAUUAAUUAUUUAUACCAAGUAUGCUGGGGAGGGGGAUCAGUUCCGUUCAACAGCUGGUUAUCUAAAAUAAUGCCCCAAAUCCAGUCAUGUUAAUUCUUUUUUUAAUUGAGAAUGCAAUACUUUGCCCACUAAGAACAGAAAUUACAAUGUGCCACUCCAUGCCAUUUUAUUUUAUUUUGUUAUAUAGCUGCCUCUGUUUUAAAACAAAACUUGUUAAACCUCUUCAUUCUGUUCAUAUUGUGGAGAAUAUCUCUAACCUAUGCACAAAUAAAUGUAUCUAAGCAAGUA